GCUCUGCAACGUGAGUUUCAAGAGCAGUUACUGUGUGCUGUUGUAAUGCGUACUAUCACUCAAUGUUUUGGUCGUGGUGCCAUUGAUUUUCGUAGUUUUUCGCCUGCUGUCAAUCAGCCAUUGCUUUUUCCUCCUCUUUGUCUUCAAGCGAAGCUUUAUCCAUCAAACGCACAGAUUGAAAUGUCCCAAUCCGAGUUUUCAAAAGCUAUGUGUGAAUGGGGUGCUUUUUAUAAUGGUGUUGCCGCUGGACUUCGUUUAGGUGAUCACAGAAAUAUUCGUAUUGAUUGUGAAUGGCUGACAAUGAAUACUGUUAAUCGGAAUGCCAGCUCAGCCGGCCUAAUGUAUGCUUUUGGAUUAGGCGGACAUAUUGUGAACUUGAAUUUCUUCACUAUUCAUGAACUUUUGAGUAGCGAUCAUUAUAUGAUCAGUCUUGCGAUUUUGAUUGGGUAUGCUGUCGCUAAACGUACUUCUGCGGAUGUUCAGUUGUACAAAAUGAUCGUAACGCAUUUACCUUUUAUGAUGGGACCAACUUUACUCGAGUUGCACAUCGAUUUAAUGGUACAGACCGCUGCGCUUGUAUCGUUAGGAUUGCUUUUUGCACAAACUUCGCAUUUAGGGAUAUUAGGACAACUGAUAAAUGAAAUUGGUCGAGCUGCUUCACCAAAUCAGGAACCUUCUACAGAUCGUUAUUCUUAUACGCUCGGAGCGGGCUUUGCAGUUGGACUUAUCUCACUUGGUAAAGGCGAUGAUUUAUCUAAAAAUGUACCGUUUGUUGAGCGUUAUCCAUCAUUGCCUUCACGUCUUGUGAUUCUUAUGAAUGGUGGACGUCGAUCAUGUUGUGUAUUUCCCACUGAAAUAACAUCUGAUUUAUUUCCGAUUGUUAAUAAUUCUCGAAAUAAUCAGGCACAACAGCUGCGCUCCAAUUAUGCAAAGGAAUCUGAAAACGUAAAUCCUCACCUAACUGGAAGUGCUGCAACAAUUGCUCUUGGUCUGAUGUAUUUGCGAACGGGAAAUUCAUGGGCUGCAAAAAAUUUAGAAGUGCCAAAUUCGUUAUAUAUGAUUGAAACGAUUAAACCUGAUCUUAUUCUUUUGCGGUAUUUUUUUUAG